AUGUCCGACCUCCACAACCUCCUCGAGUCGAACGAGACGCUCAAACCACCCGCUCGCCCGUACGCGCCCAUCCGCCGAGUGACGCCCGCCUCGUCGGUCCUCGUCCCCAUCUCGCGCGUCGAACUCGCACAGUGCCAGACCACGGUCAACCCGCUCCGCACCAGGCCAAAGCCCGCUCCAGCACCCGGUGCACCCGCCGCGGCUCCCCUCCCUCCUCCACCUUCGUCCCUCCCCGCUCGGCCCGACCUCGCCCUCGCGUACCAGCAGCAGCCGCAGCAGCCGCCAGCACCGUCGCACAAGCGGCCCAACACUCACGGCAACGGCAACGGCUACGGCGACCAGCACGACCUCAAGCGCUGGAAGGGCACCCACGACACGCGCACCGUCGCCGACCACUACAACGCACGCCCCAACACGGACCGCAUAGCGCGGCGCGACUCGCCCAUCAUCGGCCUCAAGAACUUCAACAACUGGAUCAAGAGCGUCCUCAUCGCCAAGUUUGGCCGCCGCGAGGGCGACACGACCCCGCGCAUCCGCGUCCUCGACCUCGGGUGCGGCAAGGGCGGCGACUUGCACAAGUGGACUCGCGCCGGCACCGAGGAGUACGUCGGGAUCGACAUCGCCGCCGUGUCGAUCGCCCAGGCGCAGCAGCGGUACGACACGAUGCGCGGCCAGCGCUUCCCGGCGCGCUUCUUCACCCUCGACUGCUUCGAGAACCCGAUCGAGGAGGUCCUGCCGCCGCACGCCGUCGCGCGCCCGUUCGACGUCGUGUCGAUGCAGUUCUGCAUGCACUACGCGUUCGAGACCGAGGCCAAGGUGCGCAUGAUGCUCGCCAACGUUGCGCGGUACCUCAAGCCCGGCGGCGUCUUUGUCGGCACCAUCCCCGACUCGAAGAACCUCUUCGAGCACCUGUCGGACCCGCCCGACCCGGUCAACAGCCCGCUCGUGUUUGGCAACGCCGUGUACAGCGUCAAGUUUGACGAGCGCGAGUGGCCCAGCCCGUACGGGCACCGGUACACGUUUUUCCUCCAGGACGCCGUCGAGGAGGUGCCAGAGUACGUCGUGUACUGGGACAACUUUGUCUCCGUCGCGGCCGAGUACGGCCUCUCGCCCGUCUACUGCGCCGAUUUUUCGUCCAUCUUUGCCGACGAGCAGGAGGACCCGCACUUUGCGACGCUCCUGCGCAGAUGAAGGUCAUGGACGACGAGGGCAACGCAGAGAUGGACGAGGACCAGCUCGAUGCGGCGAUGCUCUACCUCGGCUUUGCGUUUGUUAAGGGGGACGAACAGGGAGGAGCGGCGACGGCGUCGGUCGAGGAGGUCCCGGGGGCCUGAGCGCGUGCAACUCGCUUGAGAUAUCUCCCUCUC